AUGAAUAAAUACAAACAAUAUGAGCGUGUGUUUAGCCAGUUCGAUGAGAACGGAGAUGGGAAGAUAUCACCGUUGGAGUUGCAGCAAUGUGUUAAGGCAAUGGGUGGGGAGCUUUCGAUCGCAGAGGCAGAGGCAGCAGUAGAGUUUUCGGAUUUGGAUGGAGAUGGCUUAUUGGGGCUCGAGGAUUUCGUUGAGUUUUUCGAAGGAGGUGAAGAGGAAGAGAGGGAGAAAGAUUUGAAAGAGGCUUUCAAAAUGUAUGAAAUGGAAGAAAGUGGUUGUAUAACACCGAAGAGUUUGAAGAGGAUGCUUAGCCGAUUGGGUGAGUCUAAGACCAUCGAUGAAUGUAGAAUUAUGAUCUCUCAGUUUGAUCUCGACGGUGAUGGAGUCCUCGAUUUUGAGGAGUUUAAGGUUAUGAUGCUGUGA